CAGAAUUGAGAACGGAGAAACGAAGAGGAAAAUGAUGGCGGCUCCAACCCCUCUCACAGCAUAUCAACAAACGUACCACUGGCGUAAUAAGAAUUGCGCUCCUUGGGCAUAUGAAUGGAUCAAAAAGACGUUACCCGGUACGGGCGUUGGGGGGGUGGUGAUAGAUGAGGUCAUAGCUGUCAGUGGGGAUUGUGAUUUAGGGCAGAGGAAGGGCAAACUUUUGACAAUCUACGAUCUAGUCGUGGAAAUGUCUUGGAAAGGUACUUUGGAAGAUGGUACGGAAGUGAAGGGAAAAGUCAACGUUCCCGAAGUCAGCCAUGAGACUAUAGAUGGGUUGACAGAGUAUACGUACAACUUCCGUCUCACCUCUCCCGAUACACCAGAAGCUCAAGCAUAUUUUGCCAUAAUUCGUAAAUCCCUUCCACCAAUCUUAUCAGAAAAAUUCAACGCACUACGUCCUGCUUUACUCGCCGAACAUGGUGCCGCUCUAUCCGAAGCAGCAGCUGCAGCAUCAGGAUCUGGAACUUCUACUCCUGAUCCCACUUCGACAACUUACACUCCGGCUCCUCCUGCGAAAGAUGAUAUUCCCAAGCCUAAAGCGGAGAAGAAAGAGGGUGGUGUGGGAGCCACGGCGACGGUAGAGGUCAAAGCGGAUUUGAGGGCCAGUGCGGAUGAUCUUUGGAGUUUGUUGACGGACGAAAAGAAGAUCCCCAUGUGGUCUAGGGGUCCUGCUAAGAUGCCUCUCAAGCCUGAAGAACAAUUCGAACUAUUCGCAGGGUUUGUGAAAGGCAAGAUCAUAUCCGUCGAUCCACCCAAGAAACUCGUUCAGACUUGGCAAGCACAAAACUCUCAAUGGCCAUCUAAUCAUUACGCCACAAUGACUAUGUCUCUCGUACAAGGAUCUGAAUCGACCAGCGCUACUUUCGUCCUUGAACAUGUACCCGUAGGAUGUCAAGCAGAUAUCGAACGUGCUUUAGACACAUAUUAUAUCAGAGGACUUAAACAGAUGGGAUUAGGUACUUUUCUUUAAUCCUCAUCUACAAUGGAAAGUCUAUCCUCCUGAAGGACCGGUGGACGUUUCAAGUAUCCUGUGAUAAUGUGGGAAAGAUGAAGAAGUUUAUGAUCAAUGCAUUUGCAUACUUA